GGAAGGAAGGAGGCUCGGCGACGUCACCGUGCUGUGUAGCUGAUGGUGGAGAAGUUGCUGUGUGUUUAUCUACACUUAUCACUAUAAUCCCGUAAUACGAGGCGGACUCUUCCCGAGGAGUAACUGGCAGGUACAGAUGACCAUCUCCAGGACAAAGGUGUGCCUCCCAUGCGGCUACCAGGCGUGAAGACUGUUUAAAACCGAUGGAGGUGAUGGAAAGUCCUCUGAAUCUCGCUCAUCAACAGAGCAGGAAGGCAGACCGGUUGUUGGCAGCUGGGAAGUAUGAAGAAGCCAUCGCUUGCCAUAAGAAAGCUCAAGAUUUGCUGAAUGAAGCCAUGAAGCUGACGCAGUCUGAGCAGGCUCACUUGUCACUGGAAUUACAAAGGGACAGUCAUAUCAGACAGCAGCGACUGAUUGAAGAGAAGUGGAAACGGGCCAAAAGAGAAGGGAAGAGAGUCCAUAAUCACACCCUAACCCCAGCAGACAGAGAUGUAGCUGCAUAUCCCCUGUGUUCUCCAAAACCCUCCUUGACAGAAACGGACGGUGGCCACAAAGCCCUGGGCUCAGCUCUGGAGCGGUUCGGACCUGUGGAGCGUGAGUACGACACUUGGCUGUACUUACUCAAGAACAAAGGGGCUGCUUUGGAGACCUGCACAGGGAGCAAAGCCCUCAAGGAUGACAAGACUAGACUAGAAGAACAAGAGACUGCCAUCGCCGAUCUGAAAAAGCUGGUGGACUUCCUUCUAGCUGAAAACGAGAAAGUUACACAGGAGAACCAGCAGCUCAAAGCUGAAAAUGCAAGGCUGAAAAAAGCCCCACUAGAGAAGGAGCCCUAUGCUGAUACUGACUUUGUAGAGAAGUCUGAGCUGUGGGGACUGCCUCAGCCCUCUGACGACAGGAAGGCAAAGGACAUUCCAAUACCUAAUCUUCCUCCUCUAGAAAUGCCCAGUCAAGACAUUUCACUGGAUGAUCUCCCUCCUUUAGAGCUUCCGGAAGACAUUCAGACUGAACUUCAAGAGCUAAUGAACAUGAAGAGUGCCAGGGACAAACUAGCACAGUAAAGACAAGAAAAAGGGUUUUCGGUGCUCAAAGCCCAAUGUUCAGAGUUCAGUGGCUACCCUGCAGAUUGUUUGACACAAUCAAGCAUAAUUUUUACAGUACUCCAUUAAUUGAAUACUCUAAAUUUACUGCAGCUGUACUGGUUAAAAUCUUAGAGGGAUAUGUGCCUUUGCUAAGAAAAAAGCUUGUGUGGCUGUCUUGUAGAAUUCUAGAUGUGAAUCCCAAGCGGACAUUCCAUCGGGCUUGCAGUGGGUGAAACCUGGAGUCACAUUAUACCCUUGUCCUGUGAAAGCAUAGUUCCCUACUGAUGUUCUAAGAAAAUGAAAAGGUGUGCUGUUCGGGUUAUGUGCAUGUUUGGGGAGCAGAAGUAAGGGUGUUGUGGGUGGGGGUUGUGAAAGAAGAGUCUGUUUCUGAUAUUCCUUUUACUUCCUUCUAAAUGUACUGGUUGCUACAUUUACACAGAUGUAUCAGUGACUGAAAUUGGUUAUGCCACGUAAUUAAAUGAGGUAACUGGAAUUUGUAGUAAGCCCCUCUGUGAUUAGGGUUGCCAACUUUCCAUUUUUACAAAAUUAGCAAUGCCAGCAUAGCGGUCCCACAAAACCUGAGAUUGCGAGUGAAGUGAUCUGGGAUGGGGCUGUAUGCGAUUUUUUUAAAAUAUAAAUGCUCAGUAAUCAUAUCCUGCUAAGCUGUGAAUGGAAAAAAUAACACAGAAUAGAUUUCAGUGUAGUUAUUAAAUUUAAUGGACCGAUAAUAAAAACAAACAAGAAAAUAAAUAAAAAUAAUUUUGCUCAGUGGAGCGUUGAGAGGACUGGCUGAGAGUGGAAAUACCCAAACAGCAAUGAACAGUGAGUAAGCAAGAUUUGCAAGAACUGGACUUUUACUGUCCGGUCAGUAGUUCAGACUGGACACUGUACAAAUUCCUUUAACACCAGAUAGUUGGCAACCCUAUAUUUGAUGCAGCACUACAGUAAUCUCUUAGUGGCCUGGAAUUUAUUAAUGAGGUGAUCUUGUGUUGGUUUAAAUAAACACUUAGAGGUCCCAACAUCUAACGAUGUACUGUAAUUAAAAUUCACCUCUUAUAAUAUAAUCUAAUAACCCAUGCUGCAAUAAAAGCCCUUUUAUACUGUGAUAUGUAAAAGUAGCCUUGGGCCCUUUGAAUGCCUUGAUUAAACUAUAGUAGCAUUCUUUACUUUAAAAUCAUAAUUUGUAUCGCCAGCUGAGGAUCCUUCCCAGCUCAACGAUAUUGGGAGCUUGGUGUCUGUUCAUAUGUCAUGCUUCAGAGUAUUGCUAGUGAAUCCAGAGAACCUUUUAUUCAGUUGUAAAAAUUGCUAGUAGCAUUCUUUAGCACAGGUUAUUGAUUGUAUCAGAAUAUUGAGGCAAGGGACAGUUGUCUGUCUGCAUGUCACACAUUUUUACUUAUAUUGAGCGUGUAUUCAAUUGUUGUGACACUUUGUUUGGACAUUAUUUUGCACAAGUAACACAAAUGGGGUAUAUGAAGGCGUAACAUUUGCAUUAAAUACAGUGGAUGUACAGUAGGCAAAGGGGAUCCACUUUCAUGUUAACAAGGGCUCGGAUUUUGUAUUUACAGCUACAGUGGGGUUGUGAUAUUAAUAAUGAAUCCUGUGGCAUUGGUGAAAAUGUAGCUGAGAUCAAUAGCAGCAAUUUAUAAGCCUUCCUGUCAAUACUGCAAGUUACUGGCUUAUGUGAAAGGCGUAUCCAGUACCUAUAUAUAUUUAUAUAUAUAUAUAUAUAUAUAUAUAUAUAUAUAAUAUAUAUAUAUAUAUAGAUAUAUAGUCACUAAGUUAAUUUGUACUGUAAUCAGUCAGCUACUGAACACAAGUAAUGUUUAUACCACAAAAACCUACUCUUUCAGGUAACUGCAUUUUAAUAUGCAUAAUCAUCCAGAAGUACAACUAUAUCAGGGUGCAUUUCUAAUUGUAAGCACUAAUCUGGAACUUGUGCCACAUAUUUGAGCUCUUAAUGUGAUGCAACUGAUUGAGCCAGUUGUACGAAUGGCUUAUAUUUAUGUUUUAUAAAGAGGGAACCAAAUCAGCAAUGUUUUAAUAUCAAUGAUUGGUUUACAUAACAAAGUAAUCAGGGUACAUCAGAUUGUUUUUUUGUUUUUUUGUAUUAUUGCUUGAUAUAAAUCUAACAAAGAUCUGUGUGCUGUAAAUUAAAAAAAAAAAAACACAAACAAAAAAACAACAAUAUGUAUCUUGUUUUGGUGAUGCAUGAAUGAAUAAAUGCUAGUUGUAAGUGUAUGAUCUUUAAGAAUAAAGAAUUAAUUUAUUUAAA